CUGUCGUCGAACCUGCUCACGGAGCUGCCCGACUCCGUGUGCGACCUCAUCCACCUCAAGAGCGUCAAUUUAUUGCGGAACCGGCUCGAGGCGCUGCCGAACCGUUUAGGCGACCUCGUGAACCUCGAGUCGCUCCAGAUCGCGACGAACCGGCUCCAGACGCUGCCCAUCACCUUCGGGAAUCUGACGAAGCUCGACCGCGUCAUCGCGGACUGCAACCGGCUCCGGCGCGUGCCCGAGACGCUGAGCCGCAUGACCUGCCACACGCUGUCCUUCAACUGCAACCAGCUCGUGUCGCUGCCGCGGUGCCUCGUGAACAUGGCGAACCUGUCGCUGCUGAGCGCGAACGACAACCAGCUCAAGGCGCUGCCGAUGAACAUCGGCAGCUCCAAGUCCUUGAUGUCCAUCAAGCUCUGCGCGAACCAGAUCGGCGAGAUCCCCGAGUCGAUCUCGACCAUGCCCAAGCUCCGCGCGCUCUGGCUCGACCACAACAAG